AUGGCUCGAAAGAACCACAAUAGAGGAGCCAACCAGCCCGAGUUGAGCACACUUCUUUCCACAGAAUCCAUCCUCGGGCCGUCAUGGGUGCCCGUCUAUAAGAAGGAUGUAGAUUUCUCAGCGGAACACUUCGAAGCAGCAAUGUCAAAUUUGAUCCGAGAGCCCAAUAUCAACUCCACGGUAAUAAUGAGAGCUGAUAUACUUCUGGACUCGUCUGUGAAUGAACCAGAUAAAAAGAUCAACAUAAGCAAAUUGGAAGAUAUUCCCAGAGCGCUGGACUCGGACGGGGAAGUGUUGCAUCGAGAUCUCCAAGAUGUCAAACUUCGAACUAUUCCUCUCGAAAAUGGACUUCUGCUCAAACCUCGAAUUGACAUAGUGAGACGUAUCAUACCACGAAACCCAUACAAGGACCAUAUUAUCAUCCAGACAUGCCUUGUACUUGCCAAUGACGAGUCAAAGACCAUUCUUGUUGUGUAUGUUCCUCACAUCAAAAACGUUGACGAAACACCAUUUUAUCUUCCCAAAGUCUACGGCAUUGGACUAUUGUACCACAAUUCAAGCGUCUCUAUCCACUAUCUUCCUUUUGACUACGAAAAUGUCGACACUAUCAAAAUGUUGAAACAGCUAGAUCCAUCUGAUCGAGAUGUGCGAAUUGCAUUGAGGCUCUUGAACACCAGUUGCAAACACUCCCAGGGAGCCAAAGAUGGGUAUGAAAAGAGAGUGAACCACGAUUUGGUUGUGCCCAAGAUAGCGUUCCAGAACCGCUAUAUCAGCUUGAAGAAAAAGUAUGCAGCAGAUUUGGUGAGCCGUUGGCAAGAGAGCACCAAUCCAACCAAGCAUGUUUUUGAAGACUUGGCUAUCGCAGCCUUUUUAAUUGAAUUCUGGCUCAAGCACUAUGGCGAAGACAAAACAAAGUUUCAGUUUCGAGACUUGGGAUGCGGAAAUGGUUUGCUAGUGUAUAUUCUCAUCAUGGAAGGAUACACGGGAAAGGGUAUCGAUGCUCGCAAGCGAAAAUCAUGGAAAAUAUACCCAGAAAAAGUGCAAGAGAAUCUAUUGGAACAAAUUAUCAUCCCUAACGUGCUACUCAGGCCACAUCCAGCUUACGCCGAAAUUGCACCAGGAAUGAUUGAUAAUGGCAGAUUAUUUCAAGUUCCUGAUCCUGCUACUCCAAAAAAUUCAGUUCCCCUUGUGAGCUAUUACACAGCUGGAAAUCUUCUCGCUUCGUCACUCGUGAGUACCACCGAAGAGUUUCCACCCAACACAUUCAUAAUUGGAAACCAUUCAGACGAAUUGACCUGCUGGAUUCCAUUAUUCAACUUUCCUUUCAUGGUUAUUCCGUGCUGCUCUCAUGCACUCAACGGAGCCAAGGUAAGGUUCAAUCCUCGAAAAGGUAGUAAGAACAACGCAACGUCUACGUAUGGCUCGCUAGUAGACCACGUUCAAGAUUUGGCUACUCUAAUGAAGUGGAAGGUGGAAAAAGAGAUGCUCCGGAUUCCUAGCACCCGCAAUGCUGCGAUUAUCGGAGUGACAAAAACCGAACCCGAGGAUCUCGAAAUGACAAACAAACGUAUAUAUGACCUAGUUGCUAUGGAAGGCGGAGCCGAAGGAUGGGUGGAAAACUCAAUGGCAUUGAUGAAAAAGCCACCCAGAGGCCAUUAA